GUGUGUGUGUGUGUGUUUGUGAGUUCCUGGAUUUUCAUUUGCAUUUUUGCUCUGUUAGUCACUGAAUUUCAUUGCAGUGUAUGCAACUUUGUGUUUCGAGAAAUGCAAUUUGAUUUACUUCAUUUCUGGAUAUUUAGGAAAAGUUUUCUGGGUGCUUAACACACUUGCACGCCGAUUAGUAUUAUACAAUUAAGUUUCAGUAAAUUGACUACUUCUGAGACUGCUAUGGUUCUAAGUUGUGCUUCUUGUUCUAAACAAUUGUAAAAUCGAAUACGUUUGUGCAUUUUAGGUUAGCCUGGCUGUUACUUAUGUUUGGUUGGGUUUUAUUGGAUAUCCAUAGGUUGCAUUUUGUUAAUUGCAGCAUUGUCUUGGAGAGUGUAAAAAGGAAGAGAAAUUGAGGAUGAGGAACAAAUACAGGAAACCAACCACUUUCCGUUGCUAUGCAGGGAGCAGAUGUUCCAUAUCUGCUGUCGUGUGGAGCUUGGUAGGAUGUCUUCUUAUGUUUCAUUUAUACUCCCUAGUUCACCACAAGGAUGGGAUGGGCAGAGAAAUUCAGUUUCGAGCAAGUGUCCACCCACAGUUACAUGAACUUGAAAAGGUGGAAGAGGAAAGUAUCCGCAUGCCUCCACCAAGAAAGCGAUCCCCACGUGCUGCAAAAAGAAAACCUAAGCGACCCACCACAAUAAUCGAUGAAUUUCUUGAUGAGAAUUCUCAAAUUCGGCACGUAUUCUUUCCUGACCAGAAGCUUGCUAUAGAUCCAUUGAAGGAUGCUGGGAAUGAUAGCUAUUACUAUUACCCUGGAAGGAUUUGGUUGGACACUGAAGAAAAUCCUAUUCAAGCCCAUGGAGGUGGUAUUUUAUAUGAUGAAAAAUCAGGAACAUACUAUUGGUAUGGGGAGUAUAAAGAUGGGCCCACGUACCAUGCUCACAAAAAAGGAGCUGCCCGGGUUGACAUUUUAGGAGUCGGUUGUUAUUCUUCCAAGGACUUAUGGAAAUGGAACAAUGAAGGUAUUGUACUGGCAGCAGAAAAAACAAACGAAACACAUGAUCUCCACGAGUUGAAUGUUCUCGAGAGGCCAAAAGUGAUUUACAAUCACAAGACAGCAAAGUAUGUAAUGUGGAUGCAUAUUGAUGAUGUCAACUACACCAAAGCCUCUGUUGGUGUAGCCAUCAGUGAUUACCCAACCGGUCCUUUUGAUUAUCUCUACAGCAAACGACCCCAUGGAUUUGAUAGUAGGGACAUGACAGUCUUCAAAGAUGAUGAUGGUAUUGCAUAUCUAAUAUACUCCUCUGAUGACAAUAGUGAACUUCACAUUGGACCUCUAACUGAAGAUUAUCUUGAUGUGACAAACAUUGUGAGAAGAAUUCUUGUCGGACAGCAUCGGGAAGCCCCAGCUUUGUUCAAGCAUGAUGGAACUUAUUACAUGAUCACUUCAGGCUGCACAGGAUGGGCACCAAAUGAAGCAAUGGCUCAUGCAGCAGAGUCAAUCAUGGGGCCUUGGGAGACUAUGGGAAACCCCUGUAUAGGAGGGAACAAAAUGUCUCGACUUGCAACAUUUUUUGCACAGAGCACAUUUGUGAUACCUUUACCGGGAUUUCCUGGUUCAUUUAUUUUCAUGGCAGACAGAUGGAACCCUGCAGACUUGAGAGACUCGAGAUAUGUAUGGUUGCCCUUGAUAGUAGGGGGGCCGGUUGAUCGGCCCCUGGAUUACAAUUUUGGGUUCCCGUUGUGGUCUAGAGUAUCGAUAUAUUGGCAUAGGAAGUGGAAACUUCCUCAGGGUUGGAGUGGGUGGAAAAAGAUGUAGGUUUGCUUGUUUCAUGUGUACCAUAUAUGAAGCAUGGUUAUUCUUUCAUUGGCUUUGCCCUGGAUUGUUGUCUUACUGUAAAUUAACAGCAUUUGCUUAUAGUUCACUUCAGAGAGUAGAGGAUACCCAGUCAGAGUU